CACCUGUGUGCUUUCCAUGUCCCUUCCUGGGGGUGGGGGGGGUGUGGAAUGUGCACACCUGUGUUCCCUCCCAGGUGUGUCCCCGCCCACCCCCUGUGGCCUUGGGGGCUCAGGUAUAUCCAGGGGGCCUUCGGUGCCCGGGAGGCCUCAGCGAUGGCGUCGAUGCUGCUGGUGACACUGGUGGCCUUGGUGGCCGUGCUGGGUGGGGGGGUGGAGGCCCAGUGCCCUGCCCCCGCCGACCUGCGCACCGACAACGGCACCCGGAUCUGCGCCCAGCUCUACAAGGACGACAGCCCCUACUACGACCAGUGCUGCGCUGGCGACGUGCUGGUGGUGGAGCCCAACAGCGACGUGCCCUACAUGCCCCGUGGGUGGUCCGGCCAAGCGUCCUCCCUCGUGGUGGGCACCCGCUGCGAGCUCAGCGUGUGGUCACGCAGGGGCAAGAGGGGCAACACGCGGCGCUUCAGCGCCGGCGCGGUGCCGCGGCUGCAGGAGGUGCGCCGGGGGCUCUUCGGAGACUGGAACGACGAAAUCCGCGGGUACUACUGCACCUGCAAGUGAGGGCGUGGCCGCGCGGGCAGGGGGGCAGAACCAGGGGGGACAACGUGUCAACGUGGGCCAACGCGAGUCAACGCGAGUCAACGUGGGCCAAGACACAGCAACGCGGGCCAACACAUGACAACGGAGGCCAAGACAAGUCAACCUCGGCCAAUGUGAGUCAACACAAGCCAACGUGGGCCAUGCCCCGCCCCUUGUGAGCCCACACGUGUCCCAUGGACCGACACGUGUCGACACUGCCAUGACCUGUCCCUGCCCCCUCUCCUGCAGCCAA